UCUGGAGGCUGUUUGGGAUUCUGUGACCCCUUUCUCGCAGGUACAGGGAGUGGCUUCAGCCAUGGUAAGGCAUGAUAAUUUUGGAGUUAAUGGAGCCAGACGGACCUCCAGAGUCAGAGAGUUCAGAAAGAUCAAUAUUUUUCUCACAGCAAGAAGAUGAUGAAGAAGAAGGUGAUGAUGAAGGAGAAGCAAAAGAACCAGAAGAAACAGGCGCCCUUAAUCCUGUCUUACAACCUGCCCUCACAGGGGAUGUAGAAGGUUUGCAGAAGAUUUUUGAGGAUCCUGAGAACCUUCAUCAUGAACAGGCCAUGCAGCUACUCUUGGAAGAAGACAUCAUUGGGAGAAAUUUGUUGUAUGCAGCUUGCAUGGCUGGGCAAAGUGAUGUGAUUAGAGCUUUGGCAAAAUAUGGUGUGAAUCUGAACGAAAAAACCACCAGAGGUUACACACUCUUACACUGUGCUGCAGCCUGGGGUCGUUUGGAAACUUUGAAAGCACUUGUGGAAUUGGAUGUUGAUACAGAAGCUCUGAACUUUCGGGAAGAAAGAGCUCGAGAUGUUGCUGCUCGGUAUUCCCAGACCGAGUGUGUUGAAUUCCUGGACUGGGCAGAUGCAAGGCUGACUCUGAAAAAAUAUAUUGCAAAGGUCUCUGCAGCUGUUACAGACACAGAAAAGGGACCAGGGAAGCUCUUUAAGGAAGACAAGAAUACCAUCCUCAGUGCAUGCCGUAUAAAAAAUGAAUGGUUGGAAACCCAUUUGAAAGCUUCUGUCAGCGAGCUUUUGGAGCAGAAACAACAAUUGGAAGAUAUUGUGACUCCUAUCUUCACAAAAAUGGCAACACCGCGUCAAGUGAAAAGUGCCAAAUCUGUAGUCUAAGCCAUGGUCAGAAAAGAAGUCAAGAUCUUACCUUCUACUGAAUAUAUAUUUUGUAAAAGACCACACUUUCUUCUAAUAUUUAUAAAAGCAAACUUACUCAUGCCAACUGAAGUUAAGAAAAUACAUGUAGGGCUUUAUAAGAAUGUUUAGAUCAUAAAAGGUGAUGCAGUUUCCAGCUAGUUCGUUUAAGAUGCUCAGUCUUGGAAACCAGUCUGUGUGGAGAGACCCAUAUGGACAGAAACUGAGGCCCUAACCCACAGCCCUGUCUGAGCUUCAGCUAACAGUCACUGCUAGUGAGCCAUCUCGGAAGCAGAUCCUUCAAUCAAGCCACCACAGCCAAUGCAGUAUGGAGCCUUCUCUGUUGAGUCCUGCUAAAAUUGUAGAUGUCAGCUAAAUAAAUGAUUGUUGUUGUUUUAACCUA